CGAGUAGGUUCGUAAAACACUUUCACCGUCAUCGUUGCGUUCCUUUUGGGCCUCGUCGAAUCGCGACCACUUGCCUCCGAUCGUCAGAUUCAAAGCCCUAGCAAUCCCUUGAAAUGCCCGGAUGCCGCCGAUGGCUGCUCGGAAUCGCCACCGUAGGGACCUCCCCGCUCCGCCUCGCGGUGGGGAUCGCCGUCGCCGGCGCCGCCUGGACGGCGAGCCCUCAGCCUGCCGCUGCAGCCGACUCGCCUCUCUCGUCCACGGGCGACAAGUUCGGCUCCGCCAUCAACGGCGUCAUGAGAUCCUCUCGUGCGAUCUACACGAUCGCAUUUAUAGUGGUGGAUUACAAGUAUUCUUUACGUCAUUUACUUCCCAAUUCCAGCGAUUACCGUAAGAAGCUGUCAGAGGUUCAUCUUCGCUCUGCUAAGAGGUUAAGAAAAUUAUGUGAAGCCAAUAAAGGUUUCUAUGUGAAAGCUGGUCAGUUUGUUUCCUCCUUGAGACAAGUCCCCAAAGAAUAUACUUCAAUCCUUUCAUCUUUGCAAGAUCAGGCCACUCCAUACCACUUCAAAGAUAUUGAAGAUGUAAUAGCCAGAAACUUGGGAAAGGAUUUAUCAGAAAUAUUUCUGACAUUUGAUGAACAACCAAUUGCUGCUGCAUCAAUUGCUCAAGUACACCAUGGACUUCUGAAGAAUUAUCAAGAAGUUGCUGUCAAGGUACAAUACCCGGGCCUAGAGCAGCAGAUGAAGAUUGAUAUUACAACUAUGGCUGUUGUGUCUAAGGCAGUUGCUUGGGUUUUCCCAGAUUACCGGUUUGAAAGAAUAAUUGAAGAAUUUGAAAGGGCAAUGUUCUUGGAACUUGAUUUUGUUCAAGAGGCAAAGAACUCCGAGAGAACAGCAAGAAAUCUUAGGAACAAUAAGGUUGUCAGAAUACCUGGCAUUUUUUGGGAUUUAACAACUAGCCAAGUUUUGACAAUGCAGUUUUGCAGUGGAUACAAGGUUGAUGAUGUCGAGUCCAUGAGAAAUUCCAAGAUAAAUACUCAAAAGGUUGCUCAAUCUCUAAUUGAAAUAUUUGCUGAGAUGAUAUUUAUCCAUGGUUUUGUGCAUGGAGAUCCACACCCUGGAAAUAUAUUGGUUUCUCCCGAAGGUCAUGGUGGCUAUUCUAUUGUGCUAUUGGAUCAUGGGAUCUAUAGAGAAUUAGACGAGAGGUUCAGAUUGAACUACUGUGAGCUAUGGAAAGCUUUGAUUUGGUUGGAUUCAAAGAAAAUACAGCAUUUGGGUGAAAAGUUUGGUGUUGGCAACUACUCAAAGUACUUUCCUGUCAUCUUUACUGGAAGAACUAUACAAAGCAAAUCAGCUCUUGGAACACAAUUGUCUAAUGAAGAGAAAAAACUUUUGAAGCAAGAAUUGCAUUCCUUGAAGAUGGAAGAUAUUUCUUCAUUCAUGGAAUCUUUGCCCUCUGAUUUUUUCACCAUUAUUCGGACAGAUGGAUUAUUGCGGUCAAUUAUCAGCAAACUGGGAGCACCAAGACAUGUGCGGCUUCUUGCAUAUACCAAAUAUGCUUUAUAUGGCCUUGAAACACGCCAUGACCUGGACCAUGGUAAAGGUUUAACGAUUACAUCUGCACUCUCCAAAAUCAAACCUAACGUGAGCUAUCUUUGGUUGAGGAUACUUCUUGAAUCCCUAGCAUUGUUGUUUCGAAUAGGGGAGGCAAGGCAUUCACUUGCGAUCAAGUGGAAUAGGAUGCUACAGAAAAUGGUAAAUUUUUUUAUUGGAUGAUUUGAUGUACAAAAGAACUAAUCACUUCUUGGUACAUAAUGGUCUCUUCCAACUUCCGGGGGCACAUGCUAUCUACCUUCCCAUUGCUAUGGGAGAAAUAUUUAUUUUAUCAAGCAACAUUGUCAUGAUUAAUAAUUUAUUAGUCCCCACAUUUAAAUGAAA